CGGGAUCAGAUCGGGCACGGAGGUUCCCGAUAGGAGGCUUGGGGAUCCCACAAGGGAGGAAGGAGGGAAGGAGGAAGCUUUGGAGGUUUCCAGACGCAGCUUUUGAGGUCUCUGCCCCAGAUCUUGUCUUGGGUUGGGUUAAAGCUCCUCUCACCGGGAUCAUGGGGAUAGAUCUUGGGAAACACCAAGAGGUCCUGGAAUGAGGCCAUGGAGAUGCUCCAAGGGCUGGGUGAAGGUUGGGAGAGCUGGAGGGGUUCACCUGGCGAGGAGAAGUUCCGUGGAGACCUUAGAGACCUCCCCGGACAGCAGAGGGGUUGGACUGGUUCUAUUUAGGGUUUAUUCCAAGGAAAUAUUCCAUGGGAUAACCCCACAGGGCAGGAUCUGGGGGCACCGCUUGAGUCAGCACCACCGGGUCCCUGCCCAUCACCGCAUCCCCGUCACCAUUCCCGCUCCAACGUCACCCAAACGCGUCAGUGGCGAAGCCAGAGGCCACUCCCCAUCCCACUAAAACCCUGGAAUGUGUUCCCAGCAGGGAAUGCAGAGUCAGGAAUUCUCCUUCCUCUUCCCAAGAGGAUCCCCCAGCCCCAGGUCUGCUCCUGUCCCUUGCAGGCUUGCUCGGAUCUGCAGGAUGUCCCCGUUCUUGGACAGCAUCGCCACCAUCGUCGGCGUCUUCCAGCAGCACGCCCGGGGAGAUGGGGACGGCUCCGGGCUCAGCCGCAGGAGGAUGAGGGAGCUCAUCCAGAGGGAAUUCGCAGAUUCCCUGGUGAAGCCACAUGACCCUCAGACCAUCGAGAAGAUCCUGCAGUUCCUGGAGUGGGAUGGGGACGGGGACAUCGACUUUAACGAGUUCCUCCUCCUGGUGUUCCGCGUGGCCAAGUGCUGCUUCUGGUUCCAGCCAAGGGCCCCGUUCCUGGUGCAGAGGACAAAGCUCCCGACCGGAGGAAAAUCCCUCCGGGAGCCAGAAUUCAGGAGCAGAGGGAGCCGCCGGCAGCUCCAGGAGGAGGAACAAACCUGGGAGAGGAAUCGUGAAGCUGAGCUGCAAGGAGACCUCAGGGUUGGGGAGGUGGAAAUCUCAGAGGAAACAAGGAGGGAUCAGCAGGAAGGUGGCACGCGGAGCAGGAAGGAUGUGGAACCACGCGGGGAGCCGAUCCCUCGGGAAUACCGGGAACGGAGCCAGGAGCCGCGCGAGCAGCGGGAGAGCCGGAGAAGGCGGCAGCCCCCGGAGCCAGACAGACAGGAGGGAGACAGGAGAGACCGGGAGGGGCUCCGGGAGGAAGAGCUGGCAGACGUGAGGAUGGGCAGGCAACGCCGAGAACCACAACCACGGCCGGACCGGUGGAGCCGCCAGGAGCCAGGGCGUGAUGAAAGAACCCAGCGGCCACGAGGAGCAGAUGGAGAAGGUGACAAUCGGCCACGGGAACCUGAAUUGCUCCGGGAAGAGAGGAGCCGCCACCGCCGGCGUGAGCUGGAACAAAGAGAGCUGGAAGGGAGAAGCUGCCGGGCGGCUGAGCUGGAAUGUCCGGAGUCCAGGCGGCCACACCAGUCAUACCUGGAGGAACCGUUAGAGAUCGACCUCGGGCAAUGUGGGAGAGCAGAGCCCGAGGAACGUGGCUACGGACGGAGAACAAAGCAGGAACGAGAGCUGGAAUCUGUGGAAAGAGAAAGGGAGAUCCGGGAGGAGCAGGAGAGGGAAGAAAGAGAUGACCCCAGAAGAAAAGGGAGAAUGAGAGAGAGGAGGGUGGAUCAGGAACGGGAACUGGAGGUGGACGUGUCUGAGCUGCGCACACAGGAGAGACGAGAGCGUGACAUUCGUGAGAUUGAAAAUGAUGGAAGGAGACAGAGAGAAACAGUGAGGUACGAAAGGGAGAGAGAGAUCUCAGUGGCAGCAGCAGAAGCCGAUGUCAAAGUGCGCCGUGAGAUCCGGGAACGAGGUGAGGAGCUGAGAAGGAGAGAGCGUCCCUGUGAGGAUGAGGAGGAAGCAGAACCACAGAGGAGAAUUUCCCGGGUUAGAGAGAGGGAAGAGGCUGUUAGGGAGAGGAGAAUCAACCGUGAACAAGAGCUGGAGGUGUCUGAGCGCCGGACGCGGGACAGGGAGGAUGAAGUGGCCACAAUCGGCCGGAGAGAGACACGGGAGAGGCAGGAAAUUCGUGACAUUCGUGAAAUUGAAGCUGAUGCAAGAAGACAAAGAGAGUCAGAGAGGUACAAGAGGGAGAGAGAGAUCUCAGUAGCAGAAGCAGAAGCCAACAUCAAAGUGCGCCGUGAGAUCCGGGAACGAGGUGAGGAGCUGAGAAGGAGGGAACGUCCCCGUGAGGGUGGAGAAGACAGAAGAAUUUGCCCCAGAAGAGACAGGGAAGAGCCCCUGAGGGAGAGGAGAAUCAACCAAGAACGGGAGCUGGAGGUGUCUGGGCGCCGGACACGGGAAAGGGAAGAAGUGGCCAGAGUCAGCCGGGGAGAGACACGGGAGAGACGAGAGCGCGACAUUGACAUUCGUGAGAUUCAUGAUGAUGGAAGCAGAGAGCGAGAAUCAGUGAGGUUUGAAAGGGGGAGAGAGAUCUCAGUGGCAGCAGCAGAAGCCGAUGUUGAAGUGCGCCGAGAGAUCCGGGAACGAGGUGAGGAGCUGCGACGGAGAGAACGCCCCUGUGAGGAUGAGGAGGAAGCAGAACCAGAGAGGAGAAUCUCCCAGGUCAGAGAGAGGGAAGAGGCCGUCAGGGAGAGGAGAAUCGAUCGGCAAUGGGAGCUGGAGGGCUCUGAGCGCCGGACACGGGAAAGGGAGGAAGAAGUGGCUGUCAUUGGCCGGAGAGAGGCACGGGACAGACGAGAGCGAGACAUUCGUGAGACUGAAGAUGAUGACAGGAGACAAAGAGAACCAGUGAGGUACGAGAGGGAGAGAGAGAUCUCAGUGGCAGCAGCAGAAGCCGACAUCAGAGUGCGCCGAGAGAUCCGGGAACAGGAACCACGAGAGGAGCUGAGAAGGAGGGAACGUCCCUGUGAGCGUGAGGAGGAAGCAGAACCAGAGAGGAGAAUCUCCCGGGUCAGAGAGAGGGAAGAGGCCGUGAGAGAGCGGAGAAUUGAUCGGCAACGGGAGCUGGAGCUGGAGGGCUCUGAGCGCCGCACACGGGAAAGGGAGGAAGAAGUGGCCAGAGUCAGCCGGAGAGAGACACGCGACAGACGAGAGCGUGACAUUCGUGAGGCUGAAGAUGAGAGACGGAGAGAACAAGAUGUGUAUGACAGGAGAAGAGAAGAGACACGGGAGAGACGAGAGCGUGACAUUCGUGAGGCUGAAGAUGAUGCCAGGAGGGAACAAGAAGUGUAUGACAGGAGAAGAGAGAUCUCAGUAGAAGCCGAUGUUGAAGUGCGCCGUGAGAUCCGGGAACGAGGUGAGGAGCUGAGAAGGACAGAACGUCCCCGUGAGCAUGAGGAGGAAGCAGAACCAGAGAGGAGAAUCUCCCGGGUCAGAGAGAGGGAAGAGGCCGCGAGGGAGAGGAGAAUCAACCGUGAACGGGAGCUGGAGGGCUCUGAGCGCCGCAGCCGCCGGACACGGGACAGGGAGGCAGAAGUGACCAUCACUGACCAGAGGGAGGCACGUGAUGAGAUCAGGCUGGAGGUCCUGGAGGAAGAAGAUGAGGAGGAGCUGGAGCAGGGCCAGUGCCGGUACCAGACCCUGGAUGUGGACACCGGCGAUCUCUGCCCCCCAGGACAGGAGGUGCCCGUCAGUGACCUCAGGGUCCGGUACCGCCCCGCUGACCCCGAUGUCCGGCCCGAGGUCCGGCUGCUCCCCGAGCCCGUGGAGCCUCAGACCGUCGCCUACUUGGUGCACGUGAUCCAGAACCUGGAGGACCCCAAGGCCGCCACCUACGAGAUCGUGUGCCGCCAGCCCGGCCAGCAGGGCCAGCCCGUGCGCGUCCGGACCUGCUCCGUGUCCCCACGGCCACCAAGCGACCGCCGGGGCCACCCCGAGGCACCGACAUCCAAACGCCAGGAAAACCGCGAGGGUCUGGAUGAGCCCCGGGAAAGAUCCGGAAAAGAGGUGAAGGACGGAGCCCUCCGGGAUUCCGCUGAGCCGGAGGCUGUGAAAGGCGAGCGGGUGAAAUCCAAGGAGAUCCGGAGGCGCCCCGAGAUCCCUGAGGUGGAGCAGGAUCAGCCCCAGGGUGAGGAGCCCCAGAAGGUCCCACGGGAGCCCGGAUCCGGCUGCCAGCGGAGAGAGCGCGAGGACAGCGAGGCCAAGAGCUGCAUCCCCCCGGAAUGCCGGGAUGCGGAGCGGAGAGACCCCGGAGAGACCCGUGGAGAGGGAAUCCAGGAGGGUCAGGAGGCUCCUGAGGAGGAACCCAGCAAGAGGAGCCCCCGGGAACCCGGCAAUUCCCAGCUUUCUCGGGAAGGUGGCACCAAGCAGGGCCAGGAGCCCCCGCAGGAGGCCCUGAGCCGCCCCAGAGAUGAAUCCAAGACAUCCUGAGGGGAAUCCGCCUCUCCCUGGAGCCUCUCCAGGUCCUUUUGAGGGUCACUUCUGCCCCCCAUUGCCAGCUCGGGAUGUGGUGGCCCAGCAGUGAUGGACUCAAAAGGAUCCUGGGGUGUCCAGUGGGGUGUGGGGGCUUUUCCCUGGAAUGAAUCCUCAGCAGGAAGCGAGAUCCCCCCUGGAUUGGGAGUUCCUGCCUCCCUGCCGGGUGUGUCUCUCCAUAUUUAAUCACUUUUCAGCUUUAAUUGGAGUUCUUUGGUCCCUCUGUCCUCUUUUGCACCCUGGGGUGUCACUUCAGAUCCCCGCAGGCACAGGGCUGGGCUGCUCUCAGCUUCUGCCGUUAAACUUUAAGAAAUUCCUGAUUUUGGGGCCUGGAAGUCCUCGAGGCUGGGGGAAAAAAAAAUCACCUUUUUAGCCUCGAUUCCAGCAGAAUUCCAGCUCCAGGCCCCCGGGGUUUGGAGCCACAGGGUGCUGGUGGUGGGUGGGGGAUUCUCCUUCUCCUCCUUUUCCUUUUCCUUCCUUUUUAUCGCAUGGAAAAUGGGAAUAAACG